UUUAAGUAGUUUGCAUUCACUCUGACCGAGCGGGACACGAGAUCACAAACCGAGACCUGAUUUCUUCUUCACUGAUCAAACCUGACUGGAAAACAUCUAGGAAAACACACGGUAGCGGUUUGUUGGACGUUUAAGGAGUUACGGUGAAUCGGUAGCGAAUUUUGUGAUUUGUUUUUGAUCACUCCGCGCUCUCUCUCUGUGGAUCUAACAAAGGUGAAGAGGACUGGUCUGGUGUAUACUAUCAAAGGGGGAAGGUGACACAGUGUCCACGGGCUCCCGAAAAAUAAAUAUACGUGUAUGAUGUGUAAAAUGAGUAUAAAUGCAGAUUGACGAGCGUAGGGACACAGGCUGGAGGUGGAGGUUUUCAGGAGUGCUUGUGACGAUCAAGUGUUGGAGAUGUCUCUGUGGAUGAUCUUACCCGUCAGUCUCCCAGUUCUCACCAUCACUGGAAUAUGGGUCGUGUAUGCCAUGGCCUUGUACAAUCAGCAUGUAUGUCCUGUGGAAAACUGGAUGUAUAACCAGUCGUGCGAGGUGGAUCUGCCCUUGCAGAGGGGACAAAACCUAUGCUGUACUCUGGACAAUGUUCCUCUCAUAAGUAAAUGUGGGACUCUUCCUCCAGAGAGCUGCUUCUUUAGUCUCAUCUGUAGUACCGGAUCCUUUAUGGUGAUGGUAAUUGUGUUGCUGCGUUAUGCCCAUGUAAUCGAGAAGCACCAGAACUGUGUUUUAAACACAGCAAGUCUCUCUACUGGCUGGAUCUGUGCUGCUGGGCUCAUCAUGGUGGGCAACUUCCAGGUGGAUAACGCAAAGGUUCUUCAUUAUGUCGGAGCAGGUGUGGCCUUUCCCACCAGCAUGCUGUUUGUCAGUCUGCAGUCUGCGCUCACCUACCGCCUGGCCAAGACUCAGGGAGAUCACAAUGUGGGUCACUUGCGCCUGUUUAUGACCCUGCUGGCUUUUGUAGCCCUGGUGCUUAGUGGAGUGUUUUUCGUUCAGGAAAGUUUCGUCCUGCAACAUGCAUCGGCCAUUUUCGAGUGGGUCUUUUGUGUUAUAAUCAUGCUGUUUUACGGCACGUUCGCUUUUGAAUUCGCCGGGAUAUCCAGUGACACAAUGAUGGUGUUGGCCCGCGGGCAGUCGCUGCAGAUGGCGAGCCGAGACCACAAAAUAGAGUCGCUUACUGUAUCCAAUCAGCACCAGCCUGAGAGCUUGUCCAUACUGUAACCAAAGUGUCAAAAGUAAGUCUAUCAACACUAGAAUAAACGCAGAAGAAAAGAAACUGAACCCCAGCUUACUUUUGCCAAAGAAUCCAGCUCCAAUUUUGCACAUUUUUGAGAGACCAAAUCUACGCAACCUAUACCGUCCUACUUCCAUCUCUGGGGACCUUUCAAUCCAGCAGCUUCCAUGCUGAAAAAACAAAGUUUAUUGGAUGCGUUGGAGUUUCGUUGAACCUCUUCCUGGAUUAAAAAAGCAAAUACAGACUGCUGGUUGUUAACACUAGAAGAGAAGACUGCGUCUGCAUCAAUGAUGAUGUGAACUAUACCAAAGCAUUAUGCACUCAACAACACUUUUAACAGUGCCUCAAUACAAAUGUCAUCGUGCCAAUUCCAGACACUGCAAGACAAUGAAUCAAUAAUGCUGAUCUUAGCCUUUUGUAUUUUAUGAUGGAGCUAAAACUUCUCUUUAUGCAUCUCAGAUUUUCUAGUUGACUGAUUAAGGAGUUUUAAGUAUUCGCAUUAUGACAUCAGUGUUUUUGUUUAGAGAUUAACAAUACCAGCGUGCCUUACAAUGAAGAACCAAAUCCAGAUAUUUAAUAGAUUUAUACGUCCAUAGCCGUAAAAAGCCUCUAAAAACAGCCAGGUAUUUAUCAUAUAUAUUAUAUAUUGUAGACAACAGCUAUGCUGAAUAAGAUCAGCAGAAACCUCACACAAAACAGAUGCAUAAGCUGAUCGCAUUAGGUCGGCACUAAUUGGUGCCAUUGCCGAAUUAAUGUUAGAAGCUAAGAGUAUUGCUGUACAUUGUGACCAAAUGUAAUAGAGGAGGGAGUUGUUGUCUUGAGGUAAAUGUAAUAAUUUAAUUGUCAUGCGUUGAUUGAGAGGAUUCAUGGGAAAUGGUCACAAGAAUCUAGUAAGACUGAAAAGGCCUUUUACAGUAUAUUGUCGCCCCCUGGUGGUUAUUGUGAUUUUUUUGUUCAGAAAUUGAUAUGCAGCAGGACUGCAGUUUCAUAUUUGUUUUAAAUAAAGGAGAUUGUUAUACAUUAGUCACAUUGCUUGUGUGACGCUAAAAAAAACUUAGUGUUCCCCAUUACUAUUUUGAAAAAAGUGCCAAGUUAGUAUUUCCUUUCCACUUAUCAUCGUCUAAUGCUACCGGUGCUGUUCUUAAAACGCAUUUCAUGGCAUUUCAGUUUACCAGUUAUUCUCUGCUCUCAGGAAUAUCAAAUAUCUUGCUGAUGCAACAUUUAGAUACAUUUUCUCAUGGCAUUAAAAGUUUUACAUUUUCCAUUUAGAGCAUGCUGUUCAUGCAGCCAUUGACCUUACUUUUUAUUUGCAUUAUUUUUGAUGGCAACUGGGUUCAAGCUUCUUUGUCUGACAUACCUCAAAUAUGUUUCUCGCAUAUUGAAAAAAACUGUUUAGAAAUAAUAAUUUUACUUGCCUUCAAACGUAUAUAUUGUUUUCUUUCUGUGACUCUCAAAAUGAAUCUUUAGGCAGCUCUCCGAGCGGAAAUGGCUUUUUGGAGCUUAUCACUUGUGUUCAUUGUAAUUGCAUUAGGAAGAGCUUGUUUGACUAUUUUUGGUUUCACAGAAAAAUUUAAUAGCACACAGGUUUGUAAUAAUUUGAGGAAAUAAAUACAAUCUUAAAAAUAAAAACGCUAAAAAGGUUCUUCACAGCAAUGCCAUAGAAGAACCAUUUUUGGUUCCUAAAAGGUUCUUAAAAGAACCAUUUAUUUACCUUUUUAUAGUCAUACAGCUCACCUGUGAACCAUUUAGGAAGUAUGCUGACAGAAUGUAUAAGCCUUAACUGUUUGUUGAAAUUACUGCUGAAGGAUUCGAUUUUUCUGCAUAUUACCCAUUACCUAGAUUUGUGCUCUUCCAUGUUUACUUAAACCACCCGUCGGAGCUGUUGCUUAAACAUGGACUCUGAUGGUUAGUUUUUACUUCAAACAAACUAGUAAUGAUCUAACUUAAAUACAAAUAGCUGAAGAACGUACUGCUGAAACCUCUUAAUGUCUUUUCUGCCAAGCAUCAGCGUUAAAUUACAUUCCAGACAGCAGAAAGUGCCUUCAUGUGCCUUUGUUUCUGUUAAUCCACAGAUCCGACUUAAGGGAAAUGUUUUGUUUAUUUGGAUAUGUUCGAUUGUACUGUAUAUUUGCCUUAACUAAAAUAUAUGGAAAUAAACAAUCACUCUCAUGCACUAUUUUGUUUCUUUUUUCAGUGAAUGAGCAAAAAAAUGAAAAAUCAAA